UUUUCUCGGGUGUGCUGUCAGACGUAGGGUUUGCUGUUGGUGAUUAGCGCGUGUGACAUCAAUAGAAGCCGUUGCAGAUUCUACAGCCAUGUGUGGAGGCUAGAAGAAACGGUUUUCAUACCGCAGCUUGCUAGAUAAAUGUUGUCUGCUUUUCGUUUCGUUGUCUUUGCCUGCUAGCUACCAGCUUUGUGUCGGAGGCUCGGAUUCACUGCUACUACUGUUGCAGCACCAAUCAUCGUUUUCACCACUACUAGUCUUGUAUCACCGGCAGAGUUAGAAAUUGUGAGUAGUUUUAGCACUCUUUGAAAGCAGCUGAUUGAAGAUUUGGUAAAGUGACCGCUACUAGCAGUGUGGACAUGAUGUUACAAUUAGAAGUGCUACCAGCAACACAUGUGUAGCUGUGUGUGAUAACCGCGGUAUAUCCCGAGUGAAGCCAAGGUAGUCGUCGGCAUCGACCGCCUCAACAGUGUAAACCGAUGCCAACAAAUACGGCAGCUCGUUACGGGAGUGGAUUUGCGUUACAUUUACUAAAUAUAGGAUAGCACAAGACAGUAGGUAGAACUGUUGCACCGCGUUUACACUUCAUGCUACAGUUAGCUUGUGCAGAAUCUAAAGUUAAUUGAAAAAAAACAACUCAUCUGUAUUCAUUGUAAAUCUACAAGCCAUCCUGCACAGCACUGUUUUAACACAGUAUUAUAUAGUUGACUGACAUAUGGCACAUGUGGGAAUAAUGCGAAAUAUCCACUUAAUAUUGAUUGGUGUGCAAUCUACCAAUACAGACUGAUUGUUGGUGUUAAGACGUACAUUCUAUCGUUUAUUGAAGCAGAAAGAGUGAUUACCUGUUUAACUUCAACAUGGUAUUAAAAAAGAUGAUGGAUUGGGUUGGGUACAGCCCCGGUCACUGGACAUUGGGGUGUGUGGCAGUGACUAUAACAAUCAUUUUGGAAUUAAUACCAGGAGCUGAAGCUCAAACUACUUCAAUGAUGUCAACUUUAAAGACCACUAGUAGCUCGGAAAAUGAAACCCAAUGCACAAUGUUGGCUUCUGAAUGUGAGAAAGGGGUGGUGUUGCCAUUGUGGAAACCUAUUGGUGGUCUCAGCGAUGGAGACAGAGCAGCAAGGGCCACGGUGUAUUUUGUAGCAAUGGUUUACAUGUUCCUUGGAGUGUCCAUCGUUGCAGAUCGGUUCAUGGCAGCUAUUGAAGUGAUUACAUCCAAGGAAAGAGAAAUUGUUAUAAAGAAACCAAACGGUGUGACGACGGUGGUUAAUGUGAGGAUUUGGAAUGAGACAGUGUCAAAUUUGACACUGAUGGCAUUAGGGUCUUCAGCACCUGAAAUUCUGCUAUCAGUUAUUGAAAUUUGUGGUAAUAACUUUGUAGCUGGAGAAUUGGGCCCUAGCACAAUUGUUGGCAGUGCCGCAUUUAAUUUAUUUGUUAUUACUUCAAUAUGUGUCAUGUGCAUACCAGACAAUGAAGUUAGACGCAUAAAACAUCUUCGUGUUUUUUUCAUAACGGCUUCGUGGAGUAUAUUUGCUUACUUGUGGAUGUAUUUUAUUCUAGCUGUAUCCAGUCCGGGGGAGGUUCACGUUUGGGAAGCCAUUUUGACAUUUUUAUUUUUCCCUGGAACUGUGGUCACAGCUUAUAUUGCAGACCGCAAAAUACUCAUCUACAAGUUUCUGUCUAAAAAGUACCGAGCCAGUAGAAAAGGCGUGGUGGUUCAGACAGAGGGUGAUGCCGAGCUAGCUGAUGGAAAGGCUAAUCAUUUGACCAGUGAUGGAGUUGCCUUCAAGGGAAUGGAGUCCGAAAAUGAUGAUGUCCGUGACUUCGAACAGCAUCGGGCACAAUUCAUUGAAAUCCUCCGAGAACUGCGGCAAAAGAACCCAAAUAUUGACAUGAAAACCCUGGAAGAAAUGGCUGAACUAGAAGCAAUCAACCGUGGUCCCAAGAGUAGAGCUUUCUACCGAAUCCAGGCCACUAGAAAAUUAACUGGUGGUGGUAAAGUUAUCAAAAAGGCCAAGAUAGAACGCAAGUCUAGCAUUGAUGAUAUUAAAAUUGAACUGGAUGACGUGGAUCCUGACAUUACUCGGGUGUAUUUUGAUCCUGGACAUUACACUGUCAUGGAAAAUGUUGGAACAUUCAAUCUAACAGUGACAAGGGAAGGUGGUGAUAUGGAGAAGACACUGUACGUUGAUUACAAGACUGAAGAUGGAACAGCUAAUGCUGGUUCUGAUUACGAACAUGCUGAGGGAACCCUCGUCUUCUACCCCAUGGAAAGUCACAAACAGUUUGCUGUGACCGUCAUUGAUGAUGACAUAUUUGAGGAAGAUGAACAUUUUUGUGUGAGGUUGAGCAAUUUAAGAGUUGGCGAUUCUCAAGGCAUGUUUGAAAGUGGACACACCGAUGCUAAAGCACAGCUUGUGAACCCUUUCACAGCAACUGUGAUGAUAUUAGAUGAUGAUCAUCCUGGCAUAUUUCAUUUUGAAGAAAGUGAACACACUGUGACCGAGUCUGUUGGGGAAAUGAAUGUGAAAGUUGUGAGAUCUUCAGGUGCUCGAGGCACAGUUAAGAUUCCAUAUCACGCGUUAGAUGGCACAGCCAAGGCCGGGCAGGAUUAUGAUGUUGUCAAUGGAGAACUUAUCUUCGAAAAUGAUGAAACUGAACAGUUCAUCAGGAUACGAAUUGUAGAUGAUGAAGAAUACGAAAAGAUGGAGAGUUUUUUUGUGCAGCUUGAAGUGCCGAGUAUCAUUACAAAAGGAUCAGGUAAAGCCAGUGACAAGGACUCAGGGACCCUGGUCAGUUGUGACGAUGAGCGUCUGGCUGAAAUGGCAAAACCUCGACUUGGUGACAUCACGCGGAUCCAGAUCCACAUCAAGGAGAGUCAGGAGUUCAAGGGUGUUGUUGACAAGUUGCUGAAGAAAGCCAACACAUCGAUGGUGUUGGGGACGUCCACGUGGAGAGAACAGUUUAUUGAAGCCAUCACCGUCAGCUCAGGCGAUGAUGAAGACACUGGCGAUGAGGCCGAGGAGAAGCUGCCGUCCUGCAUGGACUAUGUGAUGCACUUCCUGACUCUUUUCUGGAAGGUCCUCUUCGCCUGCGUGCCGCCCACCGAUAUCUGGGGUGGAUGGGCUUGCUUCUUUGUCUCCAUCAGUCUGAUUGGCCUUCUGACAGCCGUUAUUGGUGACUUGGCUUCAGGAUUCGGCUGCACUGUGGGGCUCAAGGACACAGUGACUGCUAUCUCGUUUGUUGCCCUGGGAACCAGUGUUCCAGACACAUUUGCGAGUAAAGUUGCCGCAAUCAAUGACAAGUAUGCCGAUUCGUCCAUCGGCAAUGUGACGGGAAGCAAUGCCGUGAACGUGUUCCUUGGGAUUGGCAUCGCCUGGUCAAUCGCAGCCAUCUAUCAUGCCUCGCAGGGAAAAGUCUUCAAAGUUCCACCUGGCUCACUUGCUUUCUCAGUCACUCUGUUUUGCUGCUUGGCAGUUUUUUGUAUGUUUGUUCUAGUUUUACGUAGAACGAAAGUAAUAGGAGGAGAACUAGGGGGUCCUCGGAAGUACAAAAUACCAACGGCCAUUUUCUUUACUUCUCUCUGGGUAAUCUACUUGCUGCUGUCAGCAUUCGUUGCUUACUGCUACAUCCCUGCUUUUUAACUUUGCUUCCUUCUCUCAAAUACUUCUAUUCUUUGCCAUUUGAUCUAGACUGACAUGUAACAGAUGGAAUUUAUAUGCCAACUACACAUGAUACACAUUCUAGUGGGAGUCCGCUGACAGUCUCCUCUGUUUUAAUAGUUUAAACUUACUAAUAAGCAUCUUCUUUCAUAUAUAUAUAUCUAUAUCAGAACAUUGUCAGUGUUUUUUUCCUCUGAGAAUAUAGGACUGAAUUUGCCAUAAAAAGUUGUUACUAUGGACUUAUUCAGCCCAUAGAUAAACCUGUUGUGACUAUGGGUUAGUUGUUACCUACUAUCCUGUAGAUCUGAUGAAGCUGUUCAUUAGGUGUUGACCUAUUCUGUACAUGGUGAUGAUUUUUGGCGACAAUGGGUUUGAUGUUGACCAGUUUUUUCCAUGGUGAUGAUUUUUAGAGAUUAUGAAUUAAUUGAUUGUUCUGACCACAUGCUAUGUAUCUGUGUUUGCAUCCAUCACCUACCUACAGUUCUGCAUGUGCAUCCAUUUGAUUUAUGUUUUAUCAUUACCAUGGUGCAGCUUGAAACUUUGAACUGGAACUAGAGAUCAAAGGUCAUUGAUGUGAUCUAGAGCAAAAGGUAUGUUAUUUUACAAGUAAUUAGUAAUGGAAUGGCAUUGAACUUUGCAUAGCAUCAAUAUGGAUUUUAUUUCUGAACAAGUUCAUAAGUUCUGUCCAUAAUAAAUAAAGCAUUUUAUGCUAGCUGAUUCGAAACAGUGUGAAUGUUGGACUUGCAAAUACUGACAGACCAUGCAGUUAUGAUUAGUUUUGGUCUAAAGCUAAAUUUGGAAAUUAUUUGUUAGUUAUUUCCUUCCUGUUGUAGAUUUAAGUGCCUUUUUCCAGUUGUGUUAAUUAUUUGUUAAUGUGGUAAAUUCCCAAGCCAGUGAUGUCGGACUACAUGUGCAAAUGAUACUACACGUUUUGUUUUAGUUGUAUUUAGCCUGGUUUACUCAGUAAUCUAGUACACCAAUUUUUGUCUAGCCUUGCCAAGUAAAAUGCAAGAUAUAGGUAUUUCUCUUUCGAUUAUGGUAUCAACUUUUGCAGUUAGUUUACUCUAUUUCUCGCAAACUAUAAGUCUUAGAUGAAUAAAACUUGUUGCACCUAUGAAUGUUCAUCACAUUGAAUAAUGUUUAAUUAAAAUACUUUUGUGUUUGGCUCGGCAUUAAGUUUAGCAUUUAGCUCUAAUUCUUACAGGGUUUCUUUGAAGAUGGGUAGGUGAAUGUCAUGCCAGCUUUUUACUUCAGAUCAACUUGCAUAAUAUUUUAAUGCAAAAUCAGAAAAUCCUUAAAUUAUGUUUAUACUAAGUGCACCAACCAUAACCUGCUGUUAAUUUUCCCUACCCUCUUUUUGUUUUACUUUUGUGGGUUUUGGGUCGAAGAAAUUCUAAUUUAUUGCUAUUAAUGCUGUUUUGGUUUUUGACUAGCCAAAUAAAUUAACCAUAGAGACGCAAACAUCUGGCUGCUGGUGUAUUGUAUGGGGGUGAAAUCAUUUCACACUAAUUCAACAAGUGUUGAACCCUGCUUACACAGUCAUCUCUUUAUUGCAGUAUUCAUUGUAACAGAAAAUUCCUUUUCAGGUUCAAUUAGAACAUAUUUUCUGACAAAAUUAAUAUUUUUUUUAUAGCAAAAUUAUAUUCACAUACUGGCAAAAUUAAAAAAUCAUGAAUUUUCCAAAUUAAAAAUCAUGUACUUUCAAAAUUAUUAAUGAAGAACUUUCAAAAUUAAAAUUCACAUCCUAAUAAAAUUCAGUUUAUAUCCUGGUUAUGAAUUAAUAAUCAAGUAAAAAAUUAAAAUUCAAGUACUGGCAAAAUACACCAUAGCUCGUGAUUUUAAUCUUGAGACAAAUUUCAUUUGUUUUGCAAUGUUUUGUCUCUGAAACAACAGUCUAUUAUUAAUAAACAAUGCCAUAAAAAAAAAUCCUGAUCUGCUGUAUGUUUAUUUGACUGUCAGAGCACAUUAAAAGGUAUGGUAGCUAGAGUGAACAUAUGGGUGUGAAAUUCACCAUAGAAUUGACUGAUCCAGACAGCAUCUGACAUUUCCCAAUCAUGUUUGUAAAAUAGAUGCAUUAAAACAUGUUGAAAACCUUUAAGUUAUUUACUAUUUUAAAAGAAUCAUUGUUGCUGUAGUCAAUGAUUUUUAUGUGAUAUAUCAGUAAUGUCAAAGUCCUUGAUGUUAUCAUCUGAUUAUUAGAAGUCACAUGAGAGACUAAUAUCAUUAUUUGUGACAUUUAGUACAGUAAUCAUGAUAUUGGCAGGUUACUGCCUACUUAUAUAGAUUGUUUUCUCAACAUCUACAAUUUGUUUGAACGAGUGAUGAAUAGAGAUGUAAUCUGAAUAUAUCUUUAAUAACUUGUUAUUUAUACAUCUGCAACUUUUUGAAGUUAGUUGGAUAUACAGUACUUUAAUAUAGCUUGUGUCUCUUCAUCUAUACCUGUUUUAACAAUUUCAUAUACUCUUAAUAAGGUAUGUGCAAAUCUUACAUUAUUAAGUUAAUAUACCUUUAAUAGCUUGUUAUUCUAUACAUCUACAAGUGUUUGAAGAAAGUUGAAAAGAAUUGUAAAUUGAAUAUACUUGUAAAUAUAAGCUUAUUAUUCUAGACAUCUACAAGUGUUUGAAGAGAGUUGAAUAGAGUUGUAAGUUGAAUAUACUUGUAAAUAUAAGCAUAUUAUUCUGUACAUCUACAUCUGUUUGAAGAAAGUUGAAUAUUUCUUUAAUAGCUUGUUAUCUGUUCAUCUACUUUUUUUUAGAAAACUUUUUAUUCUCUUAUUGAUAAUCACUGGGUAUUUACUGUAUAUAUUUGUCUGUAAAUAAUACAUUUUGAAACUUGAUUAUCGUAAGAAUGGGAUGAAUGUGUUAUAGAGAUCCAACUGCUACUCUCGGCUACUAUAUUCCCCCCCAGAAGGUAACAUGAGGUAAAGAUUUAAUGAGAUAAUCAGAAAAAGCUGUUUUGAAGCACACCUGUCACAGAUUCAAGCUCUAAUCUGAGUUGGUGUACAUAUCCCUUCCAUAUGAUGUAGCAAGUCUUUUUAUCCUGGCCCCUCCUGCUUCGGAGUUGGUCACUGGCGAAGUCAGAGGCUAAAUCCGAAGUGGGCGUGCCCGAACCUUUGUGGAUAGGGGCAUGUAAAAACCAGUUUCCUUCCUUCCUUUAUCCUGGCUGUUGCCCGGUAGACACUGAGAGUAGUGAUUUGUCACAAGCCAUCGCUGAGUGUGUUUGUUCCUCACCGUACCCCACUGUAAAUAUCCCAUUGGUUGUUAUUAACAUCUCAUGCCUGCUCACUGAAACAAACUACACCUUCAACUUCCUGCAUAUCAGUCUUCAUUAAUCACUCUUUAACUUGCAAUGCAUUCCCCUUGAGCCAAAUAUUUUGCAUUGUUUCACCAUUUAUCAUUUUUAGUGCAAUACAAGAAAGUUUUGUUCUUAUAAACUAUAAUUAUAUUGAUCAUUCAUUACAUUAUAUAUAUGUAACUUUUGUUUCAUUUAAUGGGCAUCGAUCAUGAAGAAGUUUUUCUUAGUUUUUGUUUUACAACUGUUGGGGAAUGUUGCAUAUAGAUUUUUGUUCAAUAUUAAGAAAUAGAUUGUUUCUGUUUACAAUUCUUGAUUUAUCUUCCUGCUGCUUAGUCUUACGAUGACAUCACAAUUUACAGAGCACCACAGUGAACGUAUACAUGUUGUGUGGGAAGCUGAUGGCAAAUUGUCUUCUGUUGGAAUUUUUCCACACACAUGAUGACUAUGGUAUGCUGAUGUUGGCAGUAACAACAAUGCAAGUUUUGACAAGACCAUCCAGUGUUGGGAGGAUGUACUUGGUUAAGCAAGUGUUGAUAGGAUAUAUCCAGGUGUUGCUGGUAUUGACCAUCCAGUGUUGGGAGGAUGUACUUUGGUUGAGCAAGUGUUGAUAGGAUAUAUCCAGGUGUUGCUGGUAUUGACCAUCCAGUGUUGGGAGGACGUACUUGGUUAAGCAAGUGUUAAUAAGAUAUAUCCAGGUGUUGCUGGUAUUGACCAUCCAGUGUUGGGAGGACGUACUUGGUUGAGCAAGUGUUGAUAGGAUAUAUCCAGGUGUUGCUGGUAUUGACAUCUUACAGCCAUGUGGAAGGCCCUAGCUAUGUACAGCUGUUGUUAGGACAGGGUCUAGUACAGGUAGGACAUGGCUAUGUAGUACAAGUGCAGCAAAUCUUUGACAGUAUUUCCAUUAGUGGCUGGAUAUAUCCAUGUUGGUAGUUCACAACUUAUUGUCAUCUUCUGGGCUUUUUUAAUGUAAUACUGGCUUCAUAAACUUUUUUUUAUUAAUUUCUGGUGCAGUUUUACACAGUGUUUUUCUACAAGCUAUGGCAAAGGAAACUGUCCAGUGUUAGAGCUAAUCACUAGAACAUGGUCUCACUGCAGUUAACCAUUGUGUAGAGAGAAACCUGGAGGAUGUGUGUUAACCUGGCUUUAGUCCACUCAGUGCUGUACAUGGCUGUCCAGCAAGUUGCUGUUCAACAUUGUUAUUAUACAACUGGGUGCCAUCACAUGUAGUCAGAAGUUGCAUGAUGGAUUUGUCGGCUAGCUAUGCAGACAGUCUGUGUUUGAGUGUGUUCCCAAACAGUGUGCUUUGGAAAGUUAUUUAGAAUUUGUUUUGUGUUUGCUUAUAGUGUUUAUGGUUUAUAGAUGUGCUCCUGAUAAGUAAUCGACUCGAGUUUGCUGUGACUAAUUAGUGUUUUGUCAAACUUAGCGUAAACAGUAGUUUUACAUCACUUGGAACAUAUUAAUAUCUGUCUGAAUUCAAGUCCAUCCACCCUCAUAUGUGUAUGUUCAUUAUGGUUGUGUGUUGUGUAUACAUGGGUGAAAUGGUUGAAUAUAUCAGUGAGGUAACAUUUGUAUUAGUCCCUCAUGAUCAUAUCACUGUUAUUGUAUUGUGACCUUCUCAUGAGGUCAUAUCUGUCAUCACCAAUGUAAAUAACUACAGUUGUACAAACAGUGAAAGUCAGCUAUUCCAUGCAAACAGCUACAUUUGAUGCAAGAUUAAUCAUCUUGUCCAUGACUGGAUAACUGAUUGUAACUGAUGAAGAAGCUACCUGUUGACGGGUGCUCUAUUCUCUUGUUUAUAAUAUUUUAAAAUUGCUUGUUGUGAAAUACGAUUGGUUGUAUGUUUUCUCUUGAAAUGCCUCCAUAAAUUAUUUGAAUAGAACAAAUGUUAUUGUGCUAUUUUGAAUUACAAUAUUAAAUUAGUUAGAAAUGAUAAAAAUAUAACAAAGUCUUUACUAGUUUUUGAUAGUUUUUGCUGGUGUUUCGUUGAAUACAUCUGAGAUUUAUUUAAAUGAUGGUGUCAAGGGUAGGCUCUUUCUUCAUACUACCUUCUUCUGUUUUUAUUGAGAUAUACAUUGAUGCUAUACUACAUCCAUAGUUUUACACAGGCGAUAAUAAUGCUCAGGAGUUGUAAUUUAUUAUUACUGUGUAUUCAAUUAUACCAUAUUGCAAGUUUUCUUUAUUACAAGUGAAAAUAUCUUUAUAAUAAAAUUUCUUUUUUAAUUGAAACUUCACUUUGGAAUAUUAUUCUUAUGUGGUUCUAUUGAUAUUAUUGUUACUUAGUAGUUGCUUCACAGCUGUAAGGAUUUGUUUUCUUAUUAUACAGUAAUAAUUAAUUUUCCUUUGUGUCUUUACACUUUACGGAAGGGUAAUUGGCUGAACAUGUUGGAUAUUUUGGUAUCCAUAUCAAACAAAAACAAAUUAAGCCACACCCCACCACCUCCCCACUUGCACUACUUUUCUGCAAGUAGACUGAUAAUUCAGGCAACCAUGUUUAGACUUGAAUUUAUAAAAGUAUAUUCUGGCAUGAUUGUUUUGGCUUCGUAUGCAAUAAAUAUUUUGUUGAAAUUUUUGUUAUUUCAAAAGCACUUUUCCUUUUUUUUUAAAAUCAAACUAAGGUAAAAUUAUUAAAAAAACCCUCAAAAACUUUUAGUGGAGGCUGGGAUGGGCUGUAAAAUGUUUCCAUUCUACACAAACUUGUUCCGUUACAUAGAUGUUCUACAUUUGUUUUAAUGUUUAAAAAUUAUUAAUAAGCUGACUAGUAUUUUUAUGUAUUAAACAUUGGUUCAUGUUUAAAUAUUAGUUUAUCUAACAUUUAAUUGAAGUCUUAUUCAAGUUAAUUAUAUACUCCUGUAGCUUGACAUUUAUGAACUGGUUAAAACCAUGAUUGCAUCUCUUGUACCUUAAGGCUAGGAAUGUGUCACAAUGUCACUAAUUGGUCACACAUCAUUUACACAUACUUACCAUUGAACUUUUGUAUUCCCAUGCCACUCAAGUAUCAAUAUAAUAAACAUUUGAUUCUAAAAAAUAAAUCGCAAUACAUCCAUAUGUCAUUAUUUUUGUUUCAUGCUAGUGUGAACGGAAAAAGUGAUGUGCACACUAUAGCGGAUGUGUUUAAAAGUGUUAACAUUGUAUUAUUCGCUUCAUACUUUUAUGACUAAAAAAACAUAAUUGCUAUCAAUUCUUAAUUAUACAUUGAUUUAUAAAAUAUAAUCUUAAAUUUUUUAUCUGAUACAAUUUAAUAUUUUAAAGCAUUUGCUUACACCAUUGAGAUAGUUCUGAUUUAAAGAUGUUUAUUUUUUUGAAACUGGUAUCUAUUGUUUACCUUUGACAAUCUGAUGUGUACAUACAGUGUGUGUUAAUAUUUGCCUGGGUUCUUUCAUGGUGCCUCCAUGACAUUAUUCUGUUACCUGCUUGAUCUCUUCAAUUAACCCUGAGAUGGAACGACAUAUAAUAUACAUUCAGACUGUCCAUGUUCUAUUUAUUUAUUGAUUUAUUUAUUGUAUGGAUACUCUGUCAUUUAAAUUGUUACACAGUGUUGCACAUAACAAUCUGUACCAUUGUACAUGUUAUAGUCACUAGGCAACUGCAAGAACAUUUUGUAUAGUUUGAUCUCUCCUUGUCUUGUAUGUUUCUUACCCUGUAGAAAUAUCAAUGUAUGCAUAGAUGUGUUAAUACUUGAUAUUUAUGUUUCUUUUAACACCUGUCAAUAUCAUGUCUAUUCUCAUUUUUAAACAAUCAAAUUUUGGCUGAACUUUUAUCAUUUCAGUUAGGCAUACCAUUUUGUGAAUUUUUAAGCUCAAUUGGCGAUGGGUUUUUAUUUAUUUAUUGUUUUAUUUAAAAGCAUUUUUGUGUGUGUUACUCAUAUAUAUUUCAAGAUUUCUUUUUUAAGUACAUGUAUUUCUAUUGGAUUGGUGAAACCGAUUUUGUUUAAGAGAUUUUAUUAUAUUCUUAUAUCAUGCUUUGGUACUUACAACUUUUUAAGAUUAGGCUUGGGCUCUAGCAGAUUGCAAGCUGCAUGCAGUUAGUAUUUCAAGCCCACAUGUUGGCCCAGAGUCCAAAAUUUUAAAGUUAUAAAAGCAAAAAUAUGAUUCUGAAGAAUAGCACACAAAAAAUAUCCCAGGAUGUUGAAGGAUACCACACACCAACCAUCCUAAGAUGUUGAAAAAUACCACACACCAAUCAUCCCAUGAUGUUGAAGGACACCACAGACCAAACAUCCAAGCAUGUUGAAGGAUACCAAACAUCCUAGGAUGUUGAAGGAUACCACACACCAAUCAUCACAGGAUGUUGAAAGAUACCACACACCAAUCAUCCCAGGAUGUUGAAGGAUACCAUAGACAAACAUCAUAGGAUGUUGAAGGAUACCACACAUCAAUUAUCUUUGUUAUACAUGCAGUAUUUCAGCAAGAACAUUAUUAAAACAAUAUAAAUUUUGUUUGUUUUGCUUCACGGUACCACUAGAGCACAUUGACUUAAAUAAUAUAUGACAGUAUUUGGACAUUUCUGCCAAAUAUUACUGUUUCUCAUAUUGGAAAGGUAAAUACCAAUCUAGCCCAUCAUUCUGUUCAGAUGAAUAGACUAAGUAAAAUCUGACAUGUUUUGGUGCGGGACAGUAAAUCAUUCACAUUACUUCAACAUCUGGGUAGAUUUUAGUUUAGAAAAUUAACUAGUUGAUGUGCCAUUGUAUGCUGAAGAAAUAGGAAUUCGUUUUUCUUUUCUUCAGUUGUAUAUUUUCAAAGACUUGGUGAAUGAGGUAUACUUUGUUUUACUUUGUGUUUGUCUUGUUGAUUAAACAUCUCUCUCUUUAACUCCACAAGUGUGUGUUAUUACACACUUUUAUUUGCAUUUAUGAUAUUUAUUAAUUUUACCUAUAUAGAAUGCUGUCUCAUUUGUGAUAUUUGGUUUUAGAGAUUCGGUGCCCUCCUGUCUGUUGCACAUGUUGUUAUUUUACCUCAAUGGUGGUUCCCAUUCCAGCAAUGUUUAACAUGGAUAGAUAUUGUGUUGUUUGGUCAUCCAAUUGUUUGGUACUCCAAAUUACCAAUAUUGUUUUUAUUGUCUUUUGAAUAAAGGGUUGAAAGCUUA